AUGGCUUUGACGCCCAUUGCCUCCGAGCACCAAGCGCGAGUCUGCGGCCGCGCACGCGCCAAUGAGAUCUUCCGCCCCGUGCGCUGGAGACGCAUUGCCGCUGCGUCCAGCGAUGACGCGGCCGCAAAGCUCUACGAACACGCGCACGCGCCAAAGAGCGAUCCCCGAACCGGUCGCUGCUCGUACUCUGUGCGGGCGGUCGACGUGUUGUGCGCGUCAAUGGCCGAAGUUGAGGCCGUGCUCACUGGCGGCGCAGUUGCUCGACGCCGGCGGUCGAAAGCAGUGGCGGACGAGCCCGAGCUGCCGCAUGUGUUGACGCGGCUGCUGCCCCACACGUUUGUGGCGCACGGAGCCGUUGUGCAGUACCCGAGUUUCGAGCACGCGAGCAGUGAGCGGGAGACAGUGGGGCUGCGGUUCGCUCGACGGCGGCCCUUUCGCGUGCAGAAGGAGGAGAAGAAGGAGAAGGAGAGGCACGAGAUUAGUGGUGGCAAGGACGAUGACGAGGAAGAGGACGAGAGGGACUUAUUGAAGAAGAAGAAGAAGAAGAACAAGAAGAAGCAGUUGGGGAUCAUGCUAAAGAAGAAGAAGAAGACGAAGGAGAAGGAGAAGAGAGAGGUGGGGAAGAAGAAAGAUAUGGGGAAGGAGAGUGAUGGGGUUGCGCGCGAGUCGCUGGAGAAUCACGUGCUGCUGGAGUAUACGCUGUCGACAAAGCUGCAGCGGUCGUCGACUCGGGACAAGAAAGCGCCGAUGUCGUCGGAGGGGUCGAAACCGGAUGACGGACAGGUGUCAGUGCCGUCGCUGCUACAUUUGUAUCGAUCAGUGAGUGCCCCGACGUUUGGGGAGAAACGGCCCGAGUUCCGACCAGAGCGCCUGGCGCACGACCAAGUGAGUAUCACGUAUAUUAUCCAGGACCUGACCUGGUGUUCGAAGGAGUGUGUUGGGGAGAAGGAGGGGCCGCGUGCUCACGACGGUGAGCAGACCGUGACGCUGGAAGUUGUGCUGACGUGCACGAUGGAAACGCAGUCAGGACAGGACGAGGAAACAAGUGAGUGCGUGGCGACGGACGAGCAGAAGCAGCGGCUUCGACACGAGGCACUUUGUUUGACCCGAUUGCAGCCGUUGAUUGAGGAGUAUCGACACGAGGAAAGUCGUCGUAGACGAACCACUUCGUCUCCGUCGCAGUCGCCCGAGGUGCAUGUAAAGAAGAAAACGAGUGACCCGAAUUUGCUGCGCGGACGCAUGUUUGCUCGAGGACGAACGUGUGGCGUCUGUCAGCGAAAGUUCAAGCCGUUUGCCUGGAAACGACACUGCGAGACGUGUGAAAAGCUCGUGUGUAACCAGUGCUUGUCGGUUGCCACUGCGUCGCCGUCGCUUUCGCGGCGCAAGAUACGUGUGUGCUCGCAGUGUCUGUCUGGAAACAAGGACAGUGGUGGUGCAUUGGCUAGAGUCAAAGCAGAGGUAUUACAGGAUGACGAAACGAGCUUGGUCAGCUGCGAUGAAUUCGCCUCACCGCUCGUGUUGUCUGAAAGCUCCACCGUCAACGUUUCGCUGUGUCCAAGUUUGGAGUCGGAUACUGCAAUGCUGAGUCAAGUAGCUACUCCUGGAACGCCAUCGAGGUUCCUAGGUCGCAUUCGAAUCGAUCUGGACUUGGACCCUUCGCUUGUUGCAGCCUCGAUGAACACUGUUGACCGAAGACGCGGCCGGUCACCGCAGUCGCAAAGCUCGCAGGAAGUCGUCGUCUGUCCAGCCUCGGAUGCCAGUGACAGCCUUGUUGUUGCACGCCGCAACAACCGACGGGUGAUACUGUUUAGUCAUCCUGAUCCGGACGAGGACAAGUCUGCUUCUGCCAAGUCCAGGUGUUUCCGCCGCACAAAGAUUGUAUUGCUCGACGAUGCGCAGACCAAUCUUGCGGCUUGCAGACCCCUGGAUAGUAUCACCCCUGUCUUAUCUUCAGCAGCGUUGCAGUCGUUGUACUCCACGACUGGAGAGAGCGAAGAUUACGAAAGGACACGGCAGAAGUACGUCGGCUCCAGCACAGAUUCACUCACGAUGGUCCAGUUUGUCCAGCUCAAGACACCUGAGCCAGACUACGAGCUGGAUUUCAGCUGGUACAACAUAUUCCCCAAGGCACCUGUCCAGCAGACAGCUGACGAGCUGGCUCGUGUGAAAUACCUCGAAGCGACAGGUCUGAAGCUGGAUGCUUUUUCGCAUGUGUUCCUACGGUAUGACAAAGAGCUCGAAGCGCUGGUUCACCGUGUGCUGAAGGUAGCCUCUCAGUGGCAUGCUUGCAGUGUUAACAUUGUCGGGAGUUAUGACGUUCACUGUCUUGUGACGGCAUACAACACGUCCGAGCAAGUCCUUGAUGGUGAUCGAUCGGAGCCAGUGGCUUAUCCGAUGACGGUUGACGGCGUUGUCCAUCGGGAAGAAAGUGUGAGCGCGUAUGCGGUGCACCAUCGGUCACCCUUCUUUGUCGGCGAGCUGAAGCACGAUAUUCGCUUCCAGGCGCACCCGCUUCACACUGAGCAAGGGGCUGUUUCCAUGCUAAGCUUUCCGAUUUACUCAGCAGGUGUCGGUCUUGGUGAGUCCCAGACACAAGGCGAUGCUUACUGCAUUGCCACAUUGGACUUGUGGAAAUGCGGCCACGUGCCGGCUAGCAGCCACGUUUCUCCUGACUGGAUGUCUACGAUGAAGAAUCUGCUGGACGAGAUCAGUGCUCGUCUGGAGACUCUGGCUCUGGAGUCGCACGCAUUCGCAAUGCCUCGUGCUCGCGCCUAUCAUUCGCUCGGAUCACUGUGCGAUGCGAAACGCAGCACUCGACGAUCCAAAUCGGUCAUUGGUCUACACGACAUGGACAGCGAGUUCGCAGUCGACGCGUCUCGGUUUCCGGAAGCUGAGACAACCGAUCAAUUGACAACACUGUCAUACGAUAAAGUGCGUGGCUCCGGUCUCGGCGGCAUGACCAGUUCCUGGUCGUCGACGUGGAGGUACGAUAGCGACAACGAGAGUACGACGUCAAGUCAAAGUGCCAGCAGUUCCUGCAGCCAGAGCUCGCGCUUCUCGUCCUACUACUACUCAGUUGCAGAUAUGCACUCGACAAUUGAGUCGCUGCUGCAGCAAGCUUCGAAGACGUCCAAGUACAUCAGCGAGACAGGCGUAUCCAUCUAG